AUGCACGUUGUUAUAGUUAUUUUCGUCAUUUUUCAAACUGCCCUCUGUAUCAGUGGUACUACCUUGAAUACCUUGGUUUUGUACUUGGCAUUGUUCCAAACCCCGAAAGCUUUGAGACGAUAUUCGAUUCUAAUCGUGGCCUCUUCUUUGACCGACUUGACACUGAGUUUGUCGGAUAUUUUUACCCAGCCCAGGUAUUUUAUGAUUAAUUUAAACGCGGUGGCAUUUGUAAUGACUCACGUCGCGGUCGGUGUACUUUCCGAUGCCGAUGCGCUCAAGCCGAUUUGGGUCGGUCGCAUUCUGAAAGAUCCCAUUCAAAGCAAUCCUAGGACUUUAUUUAGAUUUCAAAACGCCGUGAUCGUACUUGGAAUAGCUCAAACUUUUUAGUUAGACUUUUUCAAUGCCAUCUCGCGUAAGCCGUUUCGAGUCGGUCGCAGUCUAGAAAAACCUCCUUAAAGUUCAGUCAUAGACUUUCAGUUAAUUUCAAAACAUCGUGGUCGCACUUGGAAUGGCUUAAAUAUAUGUAGUUUGAAUCCUUUCCCACGCCUUCUUGCGUAGGUCGUUUCGAGUCAGGCGCAGUUCAAUUGAGCCAUUCCACAUGCGACCAUGAGUCUACAUGUUGACUCAAAAACCUUUAUCAUAACAUUUUCUCAUAGCCAACAGGCGGAAGUUGUUUCAAGUCGGACUAAACUUCAAAAAAGCCAUUCCCAAUGCGACCGUUUUUUAAAUUUCUCAUUGAAUUUUCCCAAUUUUCAGAGUUAUUUCAAGCGCCAACACACUAGCUUAUGUUUGCUACGGACCUUGUAAAUAUUUUGGGUCUCAUGUUUGUUUUGUCAGGUGAUUUUCUUCGUUGAUUUUUAGGAUAUUAUCAUUUUUUUCAUUCCAGUCAUAAUAUUUCAAUGCAUUUAUUGAUGCACUCCCUGUACCUCUUGGUCGUAUCUUUCCGAUAUCGAUACCAAGUUCUUUACGACGGGUCCACAUCGACUUCAAGCGUCUUUCUCAUGCUAAUUUUGGCAUAUACUCCGCCCCUUUUUCAAUUGGUUAGUUAUAAAUUUCAGUUCUUCAUGAAGAACUUUAUUUUUAACGUUGGUAAAUGAAUGAAAUUCUAUAUUUCAGUGAGGCUUUUAUAAAAAAUGGAAAAUUUAAUCUGCAUGUUUUAAAAAAACUGUUUAUUGCAUCUUCAAUGUAAGAGUACAGGGUGACAAAUAAAUAUUGAAACCGUUUUUUGUUUGAUCGCUGCUUUUUGCACAAAGGACUGGCCUUUGAAUUUUUUGUUUAUUUCGUUCAUUCAUGCUCACUUAUCAUGCGUUUGAAGUUACAGCUCAUACUUUUCAGUUUUCAGGUAAUGGUGGCCCCAUCUCCGUACCGUACCGCAAUCAUUGAUUGUGUCAAAAGCAGAAUGACACAUUCAGAGAUCGUUAAAAAGCUGAAAGUGUCUCGUGUUCUCGUUUUUCGAACUGCACAACGUUAUCGGCGUCUCGGUGCUUCAGAUGACAUGCAAAGAAGUGGACGUCCAGUCACCGUCACGACUCCAGAAGCAGUCAAAGCCGUUCGAGAGAAAAUCAGACGCACUCCGGAAAGAAGCGUGAGAAAGAUGGCAAAAGAAUACGAAAUGAGUCGAGAAUCGAUGAGAACUAUUGUCAAGGACAAGCUGAAGAUGAUUCCCUACCGUAUGCAGAAAGGAGCCUUCCUCAAUCAAAAAAACAAGACAUUCCGGAUGAAAAAGGCUCGAAAGCUGCUCGCUGGCACGCAAGAUGGCUCGCAUCUGACGACGCUAUUUACCGACGAGAAAAUCUUAACUGUGGAGACGAACAAGAACGGCCAAAACCAUCCGAUCAUCGCUACUGACUAUCAGAGUGCCUGUGAAAAAGAAAAAAUUCUGAAUAAAACUUCGCAUCCGGCUUCCGUGAUGGUUUUUGCCGCAAUUACCGCUGACGGCAAAACUCCGCUGGUUUUUGUGGAUCCUGGAGUCAAAGUGAACCAAGUAUACUACAGGGAGCAGAUUUUAAAGUUGAGGGUGUUGCCAUGAGCCAAUUCUCACUACGGAAACCGACCAUGGACCUUCCAGCAAGACGGCGCCCCCGCUCAUCGUGCCAAAGGGACUCAAGAGUGGUGUCGCGCCAAUUUUCCGAGUUCAUCUCGGCUGCUGAUUGGCCUGCUUCCUCGCCCGACCUCAACCCGAUGGACUAUGCCGUGUGGAUAUAUCUGACCGAGAAGGUCUCUUCUAAGAACUACCCAAGUAUCAAAGCUCUGAAGACCGCGCUCAUCAAGAAAUGGGACGAAAUCGACGACGACUACCCUCGUGCCGUGAUCGAUGCGUAUCCGAAGAGACUGAAGGCCGUUAUCAAAGCUAAAGGAGGACGUUUUGAAAAAAAAAUCUUGAAUUUUUUUUCUAUAUUGUAUGAAUAAAAUUUGUUCCAAGUUUGGUGAUGUUUGGUUGACUUUUGAGAAAGUUAUAACGUUUCAAACGCGUUUCAAUAUUUAUUUGUCACCCUGUACAUGUGCAAUCGACUUUCAUUGAUUUCAACUGUGUUUAAACGGCGGCAGGAGCUGUGGCUUAGGCAGAGAAGUUGUGAAUUUCGCUCGUAGAACAUCAGGUACAAGAGAGGUCGUAGGAAGAAGUACGGUGCCGGCUUUCCAAAGGCCGAUGGCAGAGAUUGAGCCCUUUCGCUGCAUGCAGCUCCCAAUUUUAUCUACCCCGGAGGGAUGAAAGGCUUGGUCGACCUCGGGGGGACUCGAACCUACGACCUUGCGGACGUUAGAAAUGAGUUAUGCCAGCUGAGCUAUGCCGGUUAUUCUGCAUGUGAAUCUGCAUGAAAAAGUUUUAUUUCCUCAUUGAGAAAGCUACUCGAGAGAACAAAAAUUGAUAGUUUCAAAGCAUUCUGCGCAUGAUAAUUAUGAAAACAUGUUCCGUUUCCUUAUUGAGGAUCUCUGAGAAUUGAAUUACGAAUUGGCCGAAUAAAAGGGAAGUUUUGCGGUGGCUGCUCCGAAAUAAAAAAAUUUCAUUGAGAGUGAAAAAAUUCUGCGGAAAUGCUCGGAAAAAAAACAAGUAGAGCCUGUGUACCACGACUUGGAAUUUCACGGAACGACAUUCCGCUGUUCCGCUGCGUGCCUUUGCAAACCUUGGCCGCGUUAUUUUUUUCUUUUAUUAAGUUACUCUACUUUCAUAAGCUCCCACAGCAAUAACAAUCAAUGAAAAGCAUGACCUAGAUGCGAAAGACGCUUCGCGAACGCACGCAGCGGAACAGCGGAAUGUCGUUCCGUGAAAUUUCAAGUCGUGGCACACAGACUAUGUCUAUUUUCUUUUUGUUUUUUUUUUCAGAGAGGCCCAUUUUUUCUUACGAAAUCGUUUUUUUUUUCCAGUUUUUGUAAUUUCACAGGUCUCCUACUCGUUCUCGGAAAGCCCGCCAGAAGACGUGGAACGGGCCAUCAUCCAAAGAUUCCCCGAGUACAACUUUGACGACGCGGCCGUCAAUGGAAACUAUGAUAUGUUCUCGCCUCCCGCCCUGAUCAUGUUGGCCUGUAUGAAUUGUCCGCCUUCCCUGAUCUAUUCUUCCAUUUUGUUCUACCGGAGGAGAAUCCUUCAAAAGUUGGAGAGUUUAUCCGGCCACAUGUCCAGGGAGAGCAAGACGAUGCAUGAACAGCUUUUGAAGGUUUGAGAGGAUUUUUUUCGAGCCUAUAACAGCUUUUUGGAAAUUUUUUCAGCUUCAGAAUCCAAAUUUUCGAAAAAGAAAGGAAAACCGGCAGUUUUAGUCCUAGAAGCUUAUUUAAGAGCUAUUGUAGAGCUAACUAUGUGAAGAAAUGCCUGAUCCUUUCUAAACCCUCUCUUUUCUGCACACUUUCUCGUCAAUCUUUUCAUGACUAUCUUAGGCUUUUUUAGAACAUGAAGUAGACGAACGGUGAUUUUACUUUUAGAAAAAAAUUUUUCGCUUUUUUUACGAUUUUCGAAACUUAUUCAAACUUGCAGGCGCUCACCUGCCAAGCGAUCAUGCCUACCUUCUUCGUCGUCGGCUCGACGUCGUUCCUCAUCGGAAAAUUCCAAAUAAUCAACCAUCCCGCAUUAGAAUACCUAGUAAUGACUUCGGGAAGCGUGAUUCCAUCUUUCUCGCCCCUUGCUUCCUUGAUUUGUGUCCGACAUUAUAGAGUAAUUAUCGCCGGCUGGUUAGGCUAUAAAAUUAAGAAAUCGGGUAAGAAUUCGAAAAUGUUCAGCGUGAGUUUGAAGGCGACCGAGGAUUGUAUGUAA